AGAGCGUCACUCACAAGCCGGAGCGUGUGAGAGAGAGUCGUGCGCCAACCACCUCAGUUCGAGUGCCUCCUUCAGUGCCAGCAUGCCGCGUGGACGCCCCAAGGGCACCGGGAUGGCGGUCGACAUGCCACGAGGGAGGAUGUCUGCCUACGCCUUCUUUGUACAGACGUGCCGCACGGAACACAAGAAGCUUCACCCUGACGAGAACGUGAAGCUUGCAGAGUUCUCACGCCAGUGUUCUGAGCGCUGGAAGACCAUGUCUGAAGAGGAGAAGAAAAAGUUCCACGACUUGGCGGACCAGGACAAAAUACGCUACAACACCCAGAUGCAGGGUUUCACACCACCCGGGGGACGUCGCGGAAGGCGGGGGCGAGGUUCCAAGCCGCCUAAGGACCCCAACAAACCCAAGCGCGCCCUCUCCGCCUUCUUCUUCUACGCCAACGACGAGAGGGCCAGCGUGCGCGCUGCCAACCCCGACUUCUCCGUGGGCGAGGUGGCCAAGGAGCUGGGCAGGCAAUGGAACGAGUUGGGCGAGACUGAGAAGCUGAAGUACGAAAAGUUGGCCGAGGCGGACCGCGCCAGGUAUGACCGUGAUAUGACUGUGUACCGAGCUGGAGGCGCCCCCGCGAAGAAGCUGAAGACCACCAAUGGACACCCCGCACUGGUAAAACACAACGACGAGGACGAUGAAGAAGAAAACGGCGUGGCUCCUGACGACGACGACGACGACGAGGAAGACGGGGAUUAAAUACCUGCAUUAGUGAGGACGAUGGUGUUGGUGACAGUGUGGUGAUAGUGUUUACGGAUAUGAUGUACAAACUUAUUUUUAUACGGCUAAGCUCUGUACAUUUUAGAGUGUAAGGCGGCCCAUGGGCCUCUCAAGGAUCUUCACCACAACAACGUGUAUCAGGACCACGUACUUAAUGACCUCAUUUUAUGAACGUUUUUAAUUUAGUUUUUAUAUUUUGUAUCAAUAAAGUAGAAAAUGAC